UAUUAGAAUAGUGCCGAUCCUAUAAUACUUGUUGCUUCUGCUAUGCUGAAAAAAUUUCUUCGUUUUUAUUUAAUUGACUGUUUGCAGUACCGUGUACCGUUUUUUUUUCUUUUUUUCUGACCCAGUCUAAUAAUUUAAUUAUCUUAAUUUCAAUUCUAAUAAUUUAACCUUUGUUAUAUUAAGGAUAAGAAAGUUAUAUUUAACUCGCAAGAGUAUUGAUUUUUCCCCCACCACUGCUCACGCACAAUGGGAGUUUGUUUCAUUCACGUGUGACCAAACGUGACAAUGCAUGGAGCGUUUUGGAGAUCAAGGGGGAUACUUUGAUGUUGUUGUGCGCCCAAUGUUGCAACAGGGGCACGAAGGGGAGCUGUGCGGGUGGCUGAAGGAAAUGAGCUUAAUUAGGACCGAUUCUAACUGCCCAAAUCCAGAAUGCAAAGGUAGAAGUCUGGGUUGGAAUCAAGCAAGAAUCGUGGACAAAUACAGCUGGUCCUGUCCCAGCUGUACUAGAAAACAGUCGAUAAGGGAAAAUUCGUUUUUUUUUGGUAUCAAAUGUGAUCUGAAAAUGUGCCUUCAGUUGAUAUUAGGAUGGUGUCAAAUGAUACCCAGCGAACUCACUGCUAAUUACUUAGAAAUAAAGAAACACGUAGUUAAGAAAGUAUAUGAGAGAUGCGACGAGGUGUCCGAAAAUUAUGUGAAGACUCAUCCGCAGGAUUGGGUUCUAGGAGGUCAAAGUGCAAUAUUAAUUGUGGAUGAAUUUCCUAAUGGUUAUAUGACUGAGAAUCCUUCUGAUGUAACUAGUGCUAAGAAGCGCAAUAAUAAUUCUCAUACGAUAGUCUGUAUAGCGGAGGUAAACACUAUACCAAUCCGCAUGUGGUUGCAUAUGGUUGCAGCAGUUCCAGAGCCAAUCAAAAUGGAUAAAACUCACGGGGAGGUUGAUAAGUGUACCACGGUGAAAGAAGCUUUGAAGGAAAUUACAAAACACAGUGCUCCAGGUAGUUACAUUGUGGCAAACAAUCGAGCUCGUUGUUGCAACUAUGAUCUGUUACAAGAAUUAAAGCAGUAUAAGGUGAUCAGCGUGGAACAUUUGCAGAAAUUUGAUCCACCUGGUAAAAAUAAACUUCUGAGUAACUUAGAAACAAUCUGGCAAACCAGUGUCGAAAUCUGCGAAGAAAUUCAAGAAACCACUCACAAUUUGGGGCAACGAAUAAUAGCUAAACAUUUGUGGAGGCAGAGAUUCGGUACGUCUCCUUCCAUGGCAUUUCAGUACAUGCUUAAUCAUAUCGCAGAAUAUUAUCGCUUUAUUUGAAUUUCAUUUAUCUAGUGUUUCCACUAAUUUUAGUUUAACUCUUCAAAUACUACAAGCAAUAUCGAUUGUUAAUUAAUGAUCCUUUUUUUCUUUUGGGUAAAAGUUGCGUUAAAACUUGAAUCAAUUGCGUAGGAUAGCAAUUCGUUGUCGAUCAUAUGACAAUUUUAUGGUAUCCUAACUGCACAAGUUGCACAAAUGGCCUUAUUGAAAUUAAGACUAGAUAUAAAAAUAAUUGUAAAGGAUUUAUAUAGAUAUAGAUAUAUGAAGAGAGAUAUCUCCGUGGAAUGGAGUAUACAAUGUUCAACAAAAACACGCACUUUGUGUCUUCCAAAUAUCAAAAUAUAAAUGAUUUUCAAGUUAAAUAUUUAUGACGAUUGUUGACUAGUUAGAAUUAUAUCAUUAUAUGGAAUCUUGUCUCUGUUAAAGCACAUUCGAAGAAUACUGUUCGCGUAGGAUUCUUUUCUCACUUUUUUUUUUUGUCAAGAGUUUAGUUCAAGAGCUAGCUGCUAAAAAAGACUGACGAUGAUGAUAUUGAUAUAAUAUUAAAUUGUUUUGAACGUCACUGAAAAUUCGAAUGUUCGUUUAAGGUAUAUAUGUAUAAUUGAGAGACGCAGCAGCUAUUAAUACUCAUCAGAAAAUUGUAUAAAACUUGCUCACGGAAAAUGGUUCGGAAUUAAAAUGGAUACAAUAUCUAUAAAUUGAAGUCUUAGAAAAAAAAAACUUGCUUCGCCCAGAGUGAAUACGGAUAAUGUCGUGGUGCAAUUAGUGCCAGCAUUUGGAUUAGAAUUAAGUCUACGAAAUCAUAGAUAAUCCAAUUUAUAUACCAUUAAUGUGUACAACAAUUAUAAUACUUAAUGAUGAUCUAGAGUUUUAUCCAAAGUUUGAUACCAGUAUUAUUUAAAAUAAUCUUCUGCAAAUCGACUGUCACGUAAGUUUAAUUGUCGUCGGUUUCUCAACCCUUUAGUUCGCCGAAAUACCUUGUGAUAAACCGACUUUGUGAUAUUGCAAAUAUUAUUUUCGUUCAUCGUCUUGAACCAACGUCUGUAAAAUGUGUAAGGAUACCAAGGAUGUCAAAUUUUUUUUUUUAUAAGAUUUUGCGAACCAUGUGAUAUCAACGUUACUUUCUACGAUAUGAAAUGAUCUAUUGCAAGUUAGAAAGAUAAGAAAAUAUCCUUUAUGACGUAAUAUUAAUAUUUUUAUAACGAGUAAUCUUUUUAGCAAUACUGUUGUAAGUUUGUACAAAUAUUGUUGAAACAACUACAAGAGACAUAUGCAAUAAGAAAAAAAAAAGGUAACGCGUGUUUUUCUACCGAAACAUUUUGUAGCAAACGUAAAAGAAAGUUGUAAAACAUUAUAUACAAAAUGUGUAAAAUUCAAAUUCAUACUUAAAUACCAAAUAAAGCAAUAGAAGUAUACAUAUAUAUAUAUACACAAUA